AUGUCCUCCAAAGUUCAAUCCAAAGGCGCUAAAGCCAAGGACCAGCAGUCCCCAACCCCAGAGAGUCCGCCACCCCCAGAGGCCAAUGCUGAAGCCAUUCAAUUCCUCAACUCCCUCAGUCAGGAGGAGCUGCAGAUGCUGUUCUUCUCCGAGACUCUGGUCAUGGUCUCGAACACAGGGGAGCCCGAGGGAGAGCUGACCAUUGAAGUGCAGAGAGGGAAACAUGAAGACAACUCGGUGGCCAUGUCGCACUGCCCCCUGGUGCACGCCUUUAGCCGGGGCUUCGUGGACAAAAUGCUCUGUGGAAACUCUCUCCUGGGCUAUCUUACAUGGAACUUGGAGAUCCUGGAACAACAUAGUCAGGAGUUCAUCAAGUUCCCCAUUCUCCCCAUGGAGCGGAAGACAAGUUUGCUGAAGCAGGAGGGUCAGCUGGCCAUGACCAGAAGUAUCAAGGAUGGUGAGGAAGUGAAGACCGAAGUGACAUUUUUGCCCUUGCACUCAACUUUGGGCUUCAUCUCUGAGGCUGCCAACCUGCUGUUGCUAAGGGUGAUGGCCUGGAGGCAGAUGGUGCCCAGUAAUGCCCGCUUCCUGGCCUUGGACAUGGAGGGCAAACUCUGCUAUUCCUCUUAUCAAGCCCUGGGUUCCCAGACCAUCCAGGUGGACCGUCUUCAGGCAGAAGUGUUCAUUGUGGAGCAGACCAUACAUUCAGAAGAGGGCAUCCCCAUGUCCUGCCAGUUCUACCUGUUGUCUGACGGGCACCUGGCCAAAAGAGUCCAGGUGGGCUCCCCCGGCUGCUGCAUGAUCACCAAGAUGCCCAUCUUGAGGGAGGAGGAUGAAAUUGAGCCUCCCCCGGUAUUUGAGAAGAAGCCCCUGCCAUGGGAGGAGGACAUGGAACUCUACUCGAGGUUCUUGGAACGGAAAGAGCAGCUGCGUCUCAGCCACAGCAGGUACCUGCAGCAGCACCCCGAUGCCGAAGCGCUCAUCUCCGACUUCAUGCUCUUCCUGUUGCUGCGCCAGCCGGCCGACGUCGUCACCUUCGCCGCCGAGUUCUUCGGUCCCUUCGCGGCGCGCCGCCCGCCCACCCCCGCCUUGCGCUCCUCCAGGCCGCUCAGCCCCUUCCGCUCGCUGGAUCCCUCGCUGGAUCCCGCAGCUGGGCGGGGAGCGCAGCUGGCCAGGGCCCCGCAGGUGCGUCUCAGGCGGAAAGCCGGGACUCCCGGCUUGGACGAGGAAGACUUGCUUUCCCUGCUGCGGUUUUGA